UCCAGACCCCCCUUGGAAUUCAUCACGCCCCCGACUACGCCCCUGGGGCUCCUCCUGUGGUUAGAAGCAACGUUUGCUGGCGCUGCCUUUUGUUUGGGUUUGUUGUUGCUCCGUUCGCUGCCCGCCGCCAGCUGCCAGUCCGUCAGUCUGCGCUGGUUCCCGCUGGCGUGGUGAAGUGUCCGCUCGCGCUGCCGUUCCCGUACCGCUCUGGCCGCUGCUCUUGCCGCCGCUCUUGCCGCCGCUCUUGCUCUCCCCGCAAACCGCUUCCGCCGCCGCUGGCGCUACUGGCGCUACUGGCACCACUACAACCACAACUAAGGCUGCCGCUCCGGCAGAGAAAAUGCGCUGGCAGUUGUGGCAGCUCCAAACGCUCCAGCAACGCUCCAAGACGCCCCGGGAUCUCCAGUAGGAGGCGACGACUCCAAGUGGAACGCCACGAUGCCGCCGCACAAGUGGACGGACGAGUCGCGGGACGCCUCGUGCUACUACGAGGACGCGGCCGCCUCCCGCUUCCGCCGACCCUCCUCCUCCUCCAACUCCUCCGCCACGGCGGACCGCUCCGACGAUGAGGCGGACGACGAACGGGAGGCGUUUUGCUCCGGCGAACGACCGCUAAUCCGCUCCAGCGCCGCCGGGGAGGAGAACCAUGGCUGUGGCCCGAAGACACGUCACAUAUUCGGCCUGAUGGGCUUCCUGGGAUUCGCCGUCGUCUACGCGAUGAGGGUCAACCUCUCGGUGGCCAUUGUGGCCAUGGUCAACCAGACGGCCAUCCCGCACAGCAACUCAUCGGUGAUCGACACGGACACCUGCCCGCUGCCGGAGCCCAAUCACAAUGGCAGCGAUCCGAAUCCGCAGAGGGAGGGCGAGUUCGUGUGGGACGAGGCCACCCAGGGAUUGGUCCUCGGCAGCUUCUUCUACGGCUACGUACUCACCCAAGUGCCCGGCGGACGGAUGGCCGAACUGUAUGGCGGCAAGAAGAUCUACGGCUAUGGCGUGCUGGUCACGGCCAUAUUCACACUCAUCACGCCGCUCGCCGCGCACUGGGAUCUGCCGCUGCUGGUGCUGGUCCGCAUCCUGGAGGGCAUGGGCGAGGGCGUCACCUAUCCGGCCAUGCACGCCAUGCUUGCGCACUGGAUACCGCCGCUGGAGAGGAACAAGUUCGCGGCCAUUGUCUAUGCGGGCUCCAACAUAGGCACGGUCAUCUCCAUGCCCCUGGCCGGUUGGCUGUGCUCGCUGGACUUCCUGGGCGGUUGGCCAUCGGCCUUCUACAUCUUCGGGCUGCUGGGCAUCUUGUGGUUCAUCGCCUGGAUGUAUCUGGUGUACGACAGGCCCAGCGAUCAUCCGCGCAUCGCCACUUCGGAGCGGGAGUACAUCGAGAGGAGUCUGCUGGCGCAGAGGCUGAUCAACCAGGAGCUGGGCGACCCAGAGGAGGAGGAGGAGGGCGAGGGCGAGGGCGAGGAUGGAGUGGGCGUGCGGAGGAGGCCGUCGGACGACCCCAUACCCUGGACAUCGCUGCUCACCUCGGUGCCGCUGUGGGCCAUCCUGCUGACCCAGUGCGGCCAGGGCUGGGCCUUCUACACGCAGCUCACCGAGCUGCCCACCUACAUGAGCAACAUCCUGCACUUUGACAUCCAGUCGAAUGCCCUGCUGAACGCCGUGCCCUAUCUCACGUCCUGGUUCGUGGGCAUCGCCUGCUCGGCCCUGGCCGACUGGAUGCUGGCCAAGCGGUACAUAUCUCUGCUGAACUCCUACAAGCUGUGGAACACGGUGGCCUCGGUGGUGCCGUCGCUGGGCCUGAUCGGCAUCAUCUACGUGGGCUGCGACUGGGUGUGGGUCACCUUCAUGCUGGCCGGCGUGGGCUCCUUCGGUGGCGCCGUCUAUGCCGGCAACCAGAUGAAUCACAUUGCCCUCAGUCCCAGAUAUGCGGGCACCAUGUAUGGCAUCACCAACUCGGCGGCCAAUAUCUGCGGCUUCCUGGCGCCCUAUGUCAUCGGUUUGAUCAUCAAUCAUCGGGAGACGCUGACCCAGUGGCAUCUGGUCUUCUGGCUGGCGGCCGGCCUGAAUAUAGCCGGGAACUUCAUCUACCUGAUCUUCGCCAGCGCCGAGGAGCAGAGCUGGUCGAAGGCACCGCCCACACGCAUCUCACCCAGCCUGCGCGCUUGAGGCAAGCGAAGCUAUGCGCUAUUUUAGCUAGAUCUAAGCAUUUGUGAUAAUUCCGAUAUAGAUAUGGAUGUAUAUCCUACAUAAACCCACGCAGGUGGGCUCGAUGUUUCCCAGUUAAAGUUAAGACGUGGCUUCCAGGAAAACCAAGACGAAACUAGUGCUACCAAAUCGAAAGGGGAUAUCGAGGAGAUGUUAACUGUUUUAAUGUAUUACAAACGUGUGUCGUCCUUUUAUACGGACUUUUGUUUUGCUAGGCGUCUUUUUUGUAUACCAGUAUACCGAUACCAACUAUAUAUAUUUAUAUAUCUAAGAUAUACACGCUCGAAGGCACUUACAUAGAACUGUCGAAAUAAACAGCACAAACAUAUCGAA